UUAGUAUUGUUCUACAUGAUUUAAGUGUGGAAUAAUGGGUUGGAAAGUGAUUCUAAGUCCAAAAACGGACUUAGAAGCCAAAUCGACCGGUUUGCCGGAAAAUAACCUUUUAUAGGUUAUUUGUGUUGAUAUGGGUUUUGUGAUGAUAAAACCUUGUUAGGAACUUGAUUUAAAGUAUUUUGAGCUUCGCCGGAGUUUCGUCGGCGUUGGUCAAAGUUCGCCGGAGUUGGUCAAAGUUCACCGGAGUUGGUCAAAGUUCGCCGGAGUUGGUCAAAGUUCAAUCGAGGAACGUAGAACGCGCUUAAGCUUAAUUAAGGUAACAAUAUGGAAGUUGGUUCCCUCUUCGCUUUGAAAAACGCGAAAGGAAAGAAGAAGGCCUCGGCGGGCGCUUCUGCCAGGGAGGGGCCCUCUCAAACUGCUGGCGCUGCUGCUGGCGCCGGAGGGUCCAAGGGUGCUGGGCCCGUCAAAAAGAAGAUUGCUGGAAAGGGGACCGAGCCCCCGGCCAAGAAGCCGAAGACCACCGCCCCUACCAAACAACCGAUCACCGAUGUGGUGGUGAUUGUGGACGAAGGGCACGCUUCUGCCUCCACCCCCCAGGAACAAAUCAAUCAGGAGUUCUUUGGGCGGGAGAGGUUGGAGGCGUUAGUACCGAAGGGGGCCUCCGUGUUGGAGGGCAGUUUGAACCCUUCGGCUCUGAUGAGCCAGAUGCUGCCGUCGGCCGACCGACUGGCCCUUGCCCGGCUGGACGAGGGAUCCCUCGUGGCGAAGGUCCUCCUGAAUGCUGCCUCCACUUUUAUGGGCCUCUGCGAGCACCUCCGAAGGGUGGAUCAAAUGAGGGAGGCCAAGGGUGCCGCCGAGGGGGAGGCCGCCCUCCUCAGGAAGAAGCUUGCUGAAGCCGAGGACUCUCUCCGGCUGGCCACCGACGGCAUGGAGCAGAGGGUGCAGGCUGCAAGGGCCGAAGGGGUCAAUGAGGGGCUAGCCAGGGCCGGGGAGGCCGCCGCCGAGGCCGCCCGUAUUGCUGCCGAUGAAGCCCGCACGGCUCAAGAAGAGGCCGUCUCCAAGGCCCGAGAGGAUGCGGUGACCAGCUUCACGGCCGAAGGGUGGAAGGCCGAAGACCGGAGGGAGUGGCUCGCUUCGGUGGUGGGGGCUUCAGUAGACGAGUGGGUCGGGGCCCCUGGAAAGAUGUGGCUUGCUGAGAGGGGCGACUCGUACUACCAAGGCGGGGAGUUCUUCACCCAACGCCUCAUCUACCGGAAGCUUGCGAAGCACUUUCAGGUGGCACCGGAGGAGUUCCGUCCCGAGGUUUAUGGCCUCCCCCCCCAGCCAGAUGUCAGGAUCCCGCUCCCCGAGGGGGAAGAGAGACCGGUUCUUGAAGACUCGGAGACCCUCCGGGAGUGCGGCCUUGGCGGUGAAGAGGAUGAAGCCGAGAGCGAGGCGAUAUCUACAGUUUCCCCUUCUUAAAUUGUAUUCCCCCCUUUUGGUGUUGUAAUUGUUGGCCUCGGCCCCCUUUGUAAAGCACAAUCAAACUUCUCUUUAUUUUUGAAUGAAUGAGUACAUAUGCCCUCGGGCCUUUGAUAUACAAUCUGCUUCCUUUGGAUUUGUUCAUUGUCGAAUACAUGCCUUCGUCUUGCUUUGGAUGUAUGCCUUGAUCCUUUGAAUGUAUGUUUUAGGAUUUAGAAUAUUUUCUGAUUGUAGCUUGCCCCUGGAAGCCUUCGGUAGUUGGGCACCC